CAUCUGCAACGAUGUGGGCUGUGGACUGGAGCAGGACCGCUGCGACUCUGCUCUGCCUUUCGGGUUAUCUUUUCUCUAAAGCUGCCGCCAAAACCUCACGGGAGGAUUCAGCGAGCCAAGAGGUGACUCUGAAGGUUCAUCUGAGCGAUGCCAGCACUCACCAGCCACUGUUUGGAGCCACCGUGCAGCUCUUCUCCAACCACACUUUUGUAACCACGGAAACCUCAUCAGCUGACGGUAACGCCUACCUGCACUUCCUCUACCGCCUCGGGACACCACUGGUUGUCACUGCAACAAAACAGGGCUAUGUGCCAAACUCUGUUCCCUGGACUCCCUCCAGAUUACCUGUGUUUUCCUCCAUCAGUCUGGAACUGCUUCCAGAAAGAGCUGCUACUCUGAUGGUGUAUGACGAUGUUGUUGAGAUUGUUUCUGGCAUGCAAGGUUUAAGAAGCCAGCCCAGAGUUAAUUUCCAGCGCAGAGCUUUGAGUCUCCCCUCCAACACGUCCUACGCCAACCUGACAGCUCUGUUCACCGUGGCCAGCUCCCCCUCACACAUCCAGCACUUUCCUCACCUGCAGGUUCUUGGCAGCAACAGUACAGGCGCAGAGAAAAAGUUUGAGUUGACUCCUGUAGCAGCCAUCUCCGUUCACCUACUGGCCAGCGACGGAGUGGAGCUGCAGGUGAAUGAGCCAAUCACAGUCUCCGUGCCACUGCCGGCUGACAGCACUCUGAAGGAAAAUGAUCACAUUCCCGCGUGGAGAUUUGACCCACGUUUAGGUUCCUGGAUAAAGAGCAGUUGGGGUCACGUCCAGAAGGAGGGAGACCAACUCGUUCUGACAUACAUUGCACCCCAGUUGGGGUACUGGGUGGCCGCCAUGUCCCCUCUGCACUCAGGCCCAUUGGUUGCGAGGGACAUCAGCACAUACCACACUGUGUUUCUGUUGGCCAUACUCGGAGGGAUGGCUCUCAUUCUACUCUGCCUGCUGUGCCUUCUGUUGUACUACUGCCGACGUCGUUGUUUGAAACCUCGAGGGACUCAUCGUAAGUUUACGCUGUCGUCUGGUCUGGACGGCAGUACGAAGGAUCAAGCCACCUCCAUGUCCAAUGUGAACCUCAUCAGCAAUGAGGUGCAGCUAGAAUUUGUUUCCACAGCGACUGAGCCUGACAUGACGACUCCAAUGUUGAAGCCUUUUUCAUAUGAGCCCCAAGACAAUCAGCGUCAGAGUCUCAUCCAUCACACCAAACAGAGCCGUUCUUCUCUCUGCAACCACAGCCAGCACGGCUCGUCCCUUGGUAAUCUGACGCCUCGCAGCAGAGACUACCGGCAGUCUACAGAGACUUUCCAGCUGAAGGCUGCCUUGUCGUCUGGGACAGAAAGGGGCUACCGCCAAUCAUACACCUCCGUCUGUUCAUCCAGCAACCACAUGUCAGAAGCACUGUCCUCAUCCAAUCACGGUCAGGUGUCGGCUACACUGCUGAGCAGUGUUGGCGUUAUUGAUUGCAUCUCUCCAUCCUCUCCUCCUCACUCCCCCAGCAGAGGGGAGGUAGGGGAGUGCAGAGCACCGGACCACCUUCUGUCCCGCUCUGUAGAUCACUUGGAGCGUCCCAACCUCCAGUCGCUCUCCCGCCCAGGUCAGCUGCUCUGCUGCGGUUCUGUAGAUCUGCUGAGUGGAGGAGAAGGCUACUCAAGAGUGCGCCCCACACUGGUGAUCCCUGCACAUUACAUGCGCCUCCCUGGCGAGCACCCGCUGUCCGGUCAGGCCCUGCUACUGCAAACCGACCAGCAGAGCGACUUAGAGACCAUCCAGGCCGAGCUCAAUGCCUCACAUUCUCAACAGCCGCUGGGACAACCUCCCCCCGACUGCACCCCGAGUUCCAACAAGCAGGGUGACAGGGAGGGUCUCAAACUUUCAGAGUCUCUGUCUAUUCCUGCCGCUCUAGGGGAGACAGCGCUGGUUGAAAUUAACAAAGAGGACACCUUGCUGGCUGAAAAGACUUUAAUGGAGCUGAGAGGAGGGAAACCUCUGCCUCACCCACGAGCUUGGUUUGUCUCACUGGAUGGCCGCUCCAACGCUCACAUCCGCCACUCGUACAUCGACCUCCAGCGGGCAGGGUGUCACAGCGGUUCUCAGAGUUCAGGAGGUCAAGAUGAUGGUGGCAGCGGGAGACACGGCAACAGCAACGAUGCCAGUCUGGACUCUGGUGUGGACCUGAAUGAGCCAAGAAUGGGACGCAGGGGGAAAGACGUAGAACAAGAGGAAAGAGAGGCUGAGAAAGACAGAACAAAGCCUGCUACACUAGCCAUGGCCUACACUCAGCUAGUUUAUGUGGAUAACCUAGAUGAGGAAAGCAAUAUGGAGGAGAAGUGUAGCCCCCAGGAUAAGACAAAACCCGCCUUACCAAACACAUCAGAGGGUAACAGACAGGAUCAGAGACAGGAGGGUGCUGAGGGGAAAACAGCUGAGGAAGUACAAAUACAAGAGGAACCUCCUUCACUUUCCCCAGCAUCCCCUGCUUCUCCUCCUCCCCUCCCCACACCAGAGGGAGUGACUUUCAGGACUGAUCAUACGCUGCUGUCGGUCUCCCCAGAAGAUGAAGCAGCACAUGAUGAGGGAGAGGAGAAGAAAAGCCCCUGGCAGAGAAGAGAGGAGCGACCCCUGCUGGCCUUCAACCUCAAAUAAGUCACAGAGGCCCAUCUAAGGAAAGGUUUACAUUUUUCUCCACAGCCUGAAUUUACCCAAAGU